GUGUUGCUGAUGAGACGCUGAUUCUUUUGACAGCCUAUCGAUGAAUAACACACAAUUUCAAACAAAACAUCGAAAACACACCGUUGCAUUGAUGUGGUUUGACACUCAGCAGCCGUAAUUGUAAAGGGUUGGUUGCUGAUACAGUAGGGGCCUGGUCAAGCUGUGGGUCUUGUGGUGAGACAGAGAUCCACACCUCCUGCCCUACAGAAGGGUGUGGGAGCUGGGAAGGGGGAGGUGACUAGAGUGGGAGGCAGGUGCCAUGCUCCAGGGGUGAGGUGGGGAAGAGGGGGACACACACGGGUCAGGGGUGUUUGCUGAGGUUGCAGAGGAGAUGAAGUUGAAGCAGCGCGUGGUGGUGCUGGUUGCCGUGCUACUCCUGUUGGGGCUUGCCAAACUUUUUCUGUUGGACGGAGGAGAGGGGUCCGCAGCCAGCCGACGAGACCUCAGAGCUUUCCGCAAGAUGGAGUCAGGCCUGUCUCUCUCCCGCGGUGCCCGGCUAACACACACUCUCCAGUCUCCAUGGGAGGUGGCAGGCCAGUGGGUGGGCCCCAGGGAGGUGUACCCUGAGGAGACCCCUGAGCUGGCAGCCGUCCUCACCGCGCUGGGCACUGCCAGGGUGGAGCGGGCAGAUGUGGGCUACAAGGGCACCCAGCUCAAAGCUCUACUAGUACUGGACGGGGGGCAGAAGGUGGUCUUUAAACCCAAGCGGUAUAGUAGAGACUAUGUGGUAGAAGGAGAGCCGUAUGCAGGUUAUGACCGACACAAUGCAGAGGUGGCAGCUUUUCACCUGGACAGGAUCCUGGGCUUCAGGAGAGCACCUCUAGUGGUAGGGAGGUUUGUCAACCUGAGGACUGAGAUCAAACCUGUCACUACGGACCAGCUACUCAGUACCUUUCUAAUGCAGGGUAAUAAUAGUUGUUUCUAUGGGAAGUGUUACUACUGUAGAGAGAGUGAGCCGGCAUGUGCGGAGGGAGAGAAGAUGGAGGGAUCGAUAACUCUCUGGCUGCCAGACGUCUGGCCGCUCCAGAAACAUAGACACCCCUGGGGACGCACCUACAGGGAGGGCAAACUGGCCAGGUGGGAGUAUGAUGAGAGCUACUGUGAUGCGGUAAAGAAGAUGCCUCCGUACGACGCUGGUCCCAGACUGCUGGACGUCAUCGACACGGCCAUCUUUGAUUAUCUCAUCGGCAACGCAGACCGACAUCAUUAUGAGAGUUUCCAAGACGAUGGAGGAGCCAGCAUGCUCAUCCUGCUGGAUAACGCAAAGAGUUUUGGGAAUGCAGCUCUGGAUGAAAGAAGCAUUUUGGCCCCUCUGUAUCAAUGUUGCAUGGUGCGUUUGUCUACGUGGAACAGGUUGAACCUGCUGAGGGCAGGGGCUCUGAGUUCAGCCAUGAGACAGGCCCUGACCUUUGACCCCAUCAACCCCGUCCUGGCCGAGCCCCACCUGGCCGCCCUGGACAGACGGCUGUCUGGUGUCAUAGCAACCAUCCGGCAGUGUGUGGAGUCGCAGGGCCCUGACAACACACUGAUAGAGGACCGCAUGAACCUGCCACACCCCUAGAGGACAGGAGAAAGAGGGAUGGAGGAGAGGAGAGAGACCUGUCCCAUCCCUAGAAGAGGACAGGAGAAAGAGAGGGAUGGAGGAGCGGAGAGAGACCUGUCCCAUCCCUAGAAGAGGACAGGAGAAAGAGAGGUAUGGAGGAGAGGAGAGAGACCUGUCCCAUCCCUAGAAGAGGACAGGAGAAAGGGAGGGAUGGAGGAGCGGAGAGAGACCUGUCCCAUCCCUAGAAGAGGACAGGAGAAAGAGAGGGAUGGAGGAGCGGAGAGAGACCUGUCCCAUCCCUAGAGGAGGACAGGAGAAAGAGAGGGAUGGAGGAGCGGAGAGAGACCUGUCCCAUCCCUAGAAGAGGACAGGAGAAAGAGGUAUGGAGGAGAGAGACCUGUCCCAUCCCUAGAGGAGGACAGGAGAAAGAGGGAUGGAGGAGAGAGACCUGUCCCAUCCCUAGAGGAGGACAAGAGAGAGGGAUAGAUAGAGGGAGGAGGGAAAGGAGAAGCUGUCUCACUCUGAGAGAGAGGGAGGGUUUUUGCCAUGCUAGGAGGAGCUGGAUGAUAAAGCCCCUCCCACACUCCCCCUCCUCCUCUCACGGCCUCCCAGAAUGGGACAGGAAAUCACCCCAGCAGCAGGAAGUGGUGUCCUCUACAAACUGUUUCCCUCCACACUAGAACACUUGAACCUAAUGGGAUCCAUAUCUGUAUUUCCAAUGUCUCUCCUCUGCCUUCCACACACACGCAAACACACACACACACACACACAUCGUGCCAAACCCUCUCCCUCUCUCGUCCAGUAUUAACGAGGGAACCAAAGCCAUAGCACUCAACCCAGCGACACUCAGGAUAGCAGGGGUCGCUCACACGGCCAUAACACCCCGCUCCAUGUGGAAACAACACUCCCAGUGAAAUCCACUGGACAGACAGUGGAGAGAGAGACUGGCUAAAUGACCAUAGGGGGGCAGCAAGGGGGAUUUUUUGGUCAGUCUGUGAUUGUGACUGACAAACAGAUGUGUCUCUGUCCGAAAUGGCACCCUAUUCCCUAUAUAGUGCAUAAGGCUCUAGCCAAAAUUAGUGCACUGUAUAGGGAGGGAAUUGGGUGCCAUUUCAGAUUCUGCCAUCUGACUAUGGAUGUGUCUCGAAUGGUGCUCUAUUCGACAUAUAUUGGUUUUGGCCCCAGUUUCUCAUACCUUAUUCCUAUUAAUGAAUUAAAAGCACUUUCAAUAGAGAUUCUUGGCUAAGCAUGCUUUUUUAGUCAAGGAUUAUACUUUAUCUGGGUCCAAGAAACUGGCCUAUAAGGUACUGUAGGGCUUUGGUCAAGACUAGUACAUUAUUCUGGGAAUAGGGUAUCCUUUGAGUGUGUACGUACUGAACUAACUGUUGAAUAGCAUUACUGAGAGAGUAUAAUUAUGAUAAUUGUAUUAUUAAAGAAACCUAAUUUAGUGUCAUGUUUGGAUGGUGUGUGUGUGCGCGCGCGCAUGAGUGUAGGGCAGGGGUCGGUCACCCAAAAAACGGCCCGCAAUCAGGUUUGGUCAAAAAAGACUGUAAAAUCACCAGGAAUCCUGCAAAAAAUGUGUAAUUUAGGAAAUCUGUUCCCAAAUAUUCCCACAAAUAAAAAGAGAUGUUAUCAAGUCUCAAUGUAA